CAAGAUUCAAUUUCAAGUUACAAAGCUGCCAUAUGAAGUCGGAACGUGUGUGUAUUUAAUUAUUAAUUGGAGUUAUCAUUUGUGCUCAUAACUUUAAUUAAUAUAUAUAUUUUUCGUUCUUUUCCACAAUGCCUGAAAAUAAGAAUCUUGUUCAAUGUUACAACAGGGGUUGUGGUCAACUUUUUGAUCCAAACAGCAAUGACAAAGAGGAAUGCUGUCAUCACCCUGGUGCUCCUGUAUUUCACGAUGCCUACAAAGGAUGGUCCUGCUGUAAUAAGAAAAGUGUCGAUUUUACCGAGUUUCUUAACAUAAAAGGAUGCACAUAUUCUUUACAUUCAAAUACGAAACCCCCAGAACCAGAAAAGAAGGUUUUAGAUAAAGAAUUGGAAAAGAAGGAGGUUAUAGAAGUAAGAGCACCUAUUGUUGGGCCUCAGCUGCCAAGGCCGCCAUUUGAGACACCAGUUGUGACUUUGGAAGCAAAAGUAGCUGAUUCUUUAAAGCAAACUGUACUUAAGACGACACAGCAAGCUGCUACGACAGAUGAUGGUAUUGUUGCAAUUGGUACAACAUGCAAGAAUGGUGGAUGUAAUACGUCUUACGAGGGACCACAAACAAACAACGAUAUAUGUAUGUACCACCCCGGCUGUCCCAUCUUCCAUGAAGGUCUCAAAUUCUGGUCCUGUUGUCAGAAGAGAACCACUGACUUCAAUGUGUUCUUGAGUCAACCUGGUUGUACAACUGGCACGCACAAAUGGUUUAAAGAGACAACAGCAGCAGGGACAGUAAAAUGUCGUUGGGACUGGCAUCAAACCCCUGAUUAUGUUAUAGUCAGUGUAUACGCUAAGAAAUAUGAUCCAAUCGCUAGUUUUGUUAAAGUGAAUCCAAUUCGGCUUAAUGUCAAGUUGUUCUUCCGUGAAGAAGGAAAUGCCGCAUUUGAACUAGAUUUGGAGUUAAGAGGAGUCAUAGAUAUAGAUAAGAGUAGUGCUUCAAUGUUGGGUACUAAAGUUGAGAUUAAAUUGAAAAAAGCCGAGCCUGGUGCUUGGAGUAAACUAGAUUUUCCUAGAAGUACACCUAAAUUGGAAAAACAAGAAGCCCCAAAGCCAGAAGUAGAUGAAGAUGACUCCGUAGAUUUGUCUACAGUUGAGGCUAUCCAUUCAAUGGGCAAAGUUAAUGUAGCUGGCUGAUAUUUAGCAAAAAAUUAUUAUUUAUAUUUUAGAUUAUUUUUUAUACAAAAUAAAAUGUUUUCAUGACAGUCACGGAUGAUUUAAAUUGUGCUAUUUGCGAUUGGCUUUUUUGAAAAUAAAAUUGACUAAAUAUUU